AGGGGGUAUAUCAAUCGUCGAAUCGCUAAACAGCUAGGCAUAGGGAAGAGUUCGGUCCAUCAAGGUGACUGUAGAGUCUAGCCGCGAUGACGUGCGUCCUACGAUGCCCUCAGCCGGUCGCCCUCGCUUAGUGACAGAGAGAGUCCGGCCCGACAUAGUUCGGUCGAUUACCAGCGAGGAGGCAAAAAUCUCAGCUCACGUGGCGAAGAUCGUCGAGAAGCAGCACGACAUCACGUUGCAUCCUAAGACAGUGCGUAACUCUUUGAAUGGCAGUGGACUUGUCGCAAUCAAGCAUCCCAAGAAGCCGCGACACUCUCGGAAAAACAUACGCAAUAGGCUGGAAUGGGCCCGUGCCCAUGCAGACUGGACGGUUGACGACUGGAAGCGAGUGAUCUGUUCGGAUGAGACCAAGAUCGGUCGUUUUGCAUCCGACGGACUCUCAUACGCCUGCGUUCACGAAGGGACUGCCCUCCAAAGACACCAAAUCAAGCAGACCGUCAAACAUGGGGGCGGUUGCUUGAUGAUUUGCGACUGCAUGCCGUAUAAGGGAGCGGGUUUCAUGAGCACAACAUAUGGUAGGAUGGACGGACUGCUCUCUCAGAGUAUAUUUCAGGAUGAGCUCAAUAGUACGAUUGAGUUUUACCAGCUUACACCCUCGAAAACUAUCUUCCAGCACGACAACGACCCGAAGCACAAGUCGCGUAUCGUGCAGGAGCAGCUGGCCAAGCACGAGAAGCCUCCCACUAGUAUGCUGGACCUUUGGGAGAGUGUGCAGGAGGAAUGGGAGAAGAUCACGGCGGAUGUGUGCACCCACCUGGUGGAAAGCAUGCCCAGGAGGGUGAGGGUGGUGAUUAAGACGAAAGGGCGGUGGACUAGGUACUAGUUUGGGGUUGAUGGAACUUGCUGCUUAUGCCUGGCAAUAAUUGUCCACAUGUACC